CCCCUACGCCAAGCCUAUCUUUUGCCUUCAGGCACCCAGAUGCCUUCCCACAUUAAAACUAUUAUUCCCACCCCUCCAAUCCUUCUCAGGCCGUCAUAUUCUCUCUCUUAAGCGCCUGGUUUUAUUUUUUUCUCCCCUCCCACUUCCGUCCCCGUCUUUUCCGUUGCUUGCUUCCAGGCAAAAGCGUGAGCCAUUCGGCGGGGAGGAAGCCUCCCUCUCUCUUUCUCUGUUAGAGGGCUUAGGGACUCCUCGCCUCUCCGUCUUCCCUCGCCGCCUCAUAGAAUCUUCUCUUGGAUUCGAGGCGGCGCGACCGGAAUCGACCGAAAUUGGGGGCUUUUUGGAUUUGGGCGGUUCCGAUCGGUCUUGGAUCCGUGAAAUUUCCUUUUAUCGGAUAACAUCGGAGUGAUUGUCAUUUUCUGACAACUGGUAGCAAAUAUGAGACAUGGAUUGAAAUACAAUAUGCUAAUUGUGACUAAAAGUGCUUGCCAGACAGCAGUUGUUAUGAAUUACUUUAGAAGCUAAGAUUAUUGCUGGCCUUACGUGGGGUGCCUUUUUCCUUCCCCCUUUUAAAUCUUACUGAAAGCAACCAUCCACUUUCUUACAGUUUAUCUUUUACGUAGUCGAGAUAUAUGGGCUGAUUCCAGAAUUUCAUGGGAGGUGUAGAUGACAAUGAACCACCACUGAAACGUGUGAGAGUGCCUACAGUGGAAUCAGGGAGGCUCUUGAAGAACUCAUCUUUUUCAGAGCCUGUCACUUCUUUGGUAGGCCUAAUGGCCAGACCCUUAGCAUCAGAAGGAAAAGAAGACAUAAUUGGUUCUAAAGGUGUUAUUAAGAAAGUGGAAUUUGUUAGGAUCAUUACAAAAGCUCUAUAUUCUCUUGGUUAUGAGAGAAGUGGAGCAGCUUUGGAGGACGAGUCAGGAAUAUACUUGCAUUCAUCUGCGGUAAAUCUUUUUAGGAAACAAGUGCUUGAUGGGUAUUGGGAUGAAAGCUUGGUUACAUUGCGGAAAAUAGAUCACUUGGAUGAGAAUAUUCUGAAAUCUGCAUCUUUUUUGAUAUUAGAGCAAAAAUUUUUUGAACUUCUGGGGAAGAAUAGAAUUAUUGAUGCUGUAAAGAUGUUGAGAAGUGAGAUUACUCCUCUUGGCAUCAAGAGAAAGCGGGUACACGAGCUCUCUGGUUGUAUCGUUUCUUCUUCAAAGCUUGCUUUACUUGGAUCUGCCAAUAUGAGUACAGAGUCUGCAAACUCACGGAUGAAGCUGCUAGAGGAAUUGCAGAAGUUGUUCCCCCCCACAGUUAUGAUACCUGAGAGGAGGUUGGAGCAUCUGGUUGAACAAGCUCUGAAUGUGCAGCGUGAUGCUUGUUAUUUCCACAAUUCGUUGGAUAGUACACUGUCGCUAUACACUGAUCAUCAGUGUGGAACGGGGCAGAUACCUUCUCAAACAACACAGGUACUGCAUGGACACCACGAUGAAAUAUGGUUUUUGCAGUUCUCAAAUAAUGGGAAAUAUUUAGCAUCAUCAUCAAGUGAUAGAUCUGUUAUUAUAUGGGAGGUUCAUGAAGAUGGAAGAGUUUCACUGAAGCACACACUAACUGGUCAUGAAAAACCUGUCAUAAUGGUUGCCUGGAGCCCUGAUGACUGCCAACUUCUCUCCUGUGGCAUGGAAGAGGUCGUCAGGCGCUGGGAUGCUAUCUCAGGAGAAUGCCUCCACGUAUAUGAAAAAAGCGGUCUUGGUCUUAUUUCUUGCGCUUGGUUCCCAGAUGGAAAGCAGUUGCUUUGUGGUGUAACAGACCAGAACAUCUCCUUGUGGGAUUUGGAUGGAAAAGAAUUGGAAAGUUGGAAGGGCCUGCGAGCAACUAGAACAUCAGAUAUUGCUGUCACAAAAGAUGGCAAAUGGAUUAUAAGCUUGUGUAGGGAGACUGCUAUAUCAUUGCUUGAUAGGGAAGCAAAACGAGAGAAGCUAAUUGAGGAGGAGCAGACAAUUACUACAUUCUCACUCUCAAAACAUGAUAAGUUUUUGCUGGUAAAUCUUAUAAACCAAGAGAUCCAUUUGUGGAGUAUAGUUGAUGAGCCUAUGCUGAUAACCAAAUAUAAAGGUCACAAGCGUAGCCGACUUGUAAUAAGGUCCUGCUUUGGGGGAUUUGAGCAGGCAUUUGUCGCAAGUGGAAGUGAAGAUUCACAGGUGUAUAUAUGGCACCGGGAUGGUGGGGAUCUCGUACGGGCAUUACCUGGGCAUGCUGGUGCUGUCAACUGUGUCAGCUGGAACCCAACAAAUCAUCAUAUGUUGGCAUCGGCUAGUGAUGACCAUACAAUACGUGUAUGGGGGUUAAACAGGGUUAACCUGAAGCGGAAGGACUCUGGUUAUUAUUGCAACGGAGUGGUCCACCAGUGCAAUGGAAACAGCAAAUGAACAUGCAAAUAUGGAGCAUUGAGAACUUAAAAGGAAUUUCUUUUGAUCAUUCCUUCAUUGAAUGUACAUUCUUUUACUUGUUCUUUGGGGUUGACAUACAAUAGCAGACAAAGCCUGUAAAUAUAAGGCCGCUGUCUCUGCCAAUAAAUCGUGUACUUUGACUAUUUUUCAGUUCCUCCAUUUAUUUUCCUAAUCGAAUCAGUUUGGUUGUUUCGUGCA